AUGAAUAGAUCCAAGGAAAUUGAUAAGAUAGAUUCUGAUAAAUUUGAGAAGAACUAAUUGAAGGAAGAAAUCGAUUAUUUAAGGAAGCAACUUCAUAAUAGAGAAAGUGAUGAAUAACUUAUUGGAAUCGCUCAAAACUUAGCUACAAUAGCUAAAUCAGUGCUACCCUCUCCAAAGCCUGGAUAAAAGAUGAACCCAAAGAGAAUAAAGCAUAAGAAAUUGUAUGGAGAUGCGUUAUAAUUUGACCCAAGUAAAGGAUUGAAGUAGCCAUAAAUUACACCUUUUGGGUUAUUUCCUAGUAUUUCAAGGUCAAAUAACAUGCUUCUCGAUGAAUCAAAUGCUCAUCAAUAUCCUUCAAAUGAUUAUAUGUCUAUAGCAGAUUAAUCAAUAAGUUCAAAUAACUAUAGAACUGCAACCAUUUUGUCGCAUAGAGCUUCAUCAUAAAGUUUAAUAUAAGCAAGUAAACUUACUUCCAAUAAUAAUAGCCCUGAUAAGUAGAGAUUUUAAAUCUUAGAUUAAAAAUAAAAGUAUGUAUCAUCAAAAUUCAAAUCAAAUAAAUCGAAUAAGAACCAUUACAAUAACUCUAACCAAACUGAGGGAGGGACUGACCAUUCUAAUUAAGUAAUAUUCAAAUCCUUCAGCAAGCGCAACCUCAAUGAUGUGCUUGAUAAGUUCAAUGACUAGCUAAUGGUCUAGAAUGGCUUCAAGACCCAGAGAGUAAUCAACCUUAGCACUAACUUCGGAAUGAGUUUAGCUAAGAAGCGAGAGUAUGUUGAGAAGGAGAGGAAUUUGGAGAACCUCAUCAGUCUCUCUCGUAAGGAUAAGCCCUUCUUUGAAAGACAUGUAUCUGUAGAGCAGUUGCUUUUGAAGGAUGAGUUCAAAAUUGUGAGGGAGCGGACUAGACUGAUACUUGCUGAUCGUAAGAGAUUCCUUGAUUAAAUCAUGUAGAAAAAUGACAUUCAACCGUACUCCUCUUAAUGA